UCCCCACAAAAACCAGAUGGCCUCUGCAAUAGAAAACUCCUCGUCUCAUCGAGAACGGGAAAGAAGGAGAAAAAUAAAGCCCUCGGAGUCAACGAUCCGAUCGUUUGCACUCGCCAACGUGAAUAGGAGAGCGUUGAGCUGGUUGUCUUCAUCUUCCCAUUUUGUUAAUCUGCAAAUUGAAGCUUGAUUGGGCGCGGCGCACUGAAUAGCCAAGAUGCAUUCGAUGAAUCACUGGGGCGGGACAUUCGAGAUCGGCGCGGAGGCGACGACUGACGACGAGCAGAGCCGGAAAAUGGACUUGGACCGGGCGACGCUUUCACGGCAACAGCUGGACGAGACGCAGCAGAGUUGGCUGCUGGCGGGGCCGCAGAAGUCGAAGAAGAAAGACAAGGACGUCGAUUUGGGCUGCCUCAUCGUCAAGCCCAAGCUCCUCAAGUGGAUCCUCUACGCCUUCCUCUUCUCCUUCGUCGUCAGCGCCGUUCCCAUCACCAUCGCCAAGCCCAUCCCCAAGCACAGAAAGCCGCCGCCCGACCAGUACUCGCAAGCCCUCCACAAGGCGCUCAUGUUCUUCAACGCACAAAAAUCUGGUCGGCUGCCCAAGAACAACCGCGUGCCGUGGCGCGGAGACUCUGCGCUCAGCGACGGGUCGACGCUCAACGACGUGAAGGGUGGUCUGGUCGGCGGUUACUACGACGCCGGCGACAACAUAAAGUUCCAUUUCCCCAUGGCGUUCUCGAUGACGCUGCUGAGUUGGUCCGUGGUCGAGUACAGCGAUAAGUACAAGGAUCUCGGAGAAUACGACCAUGUCCGAGAUCUUAUCAAAUGGGGAACGGAUUACUUGCUCAAGACCUUCAACUCUUCGGCCACCACCAUCGACCGUAUAUACAGCCAGGUUGGUGUCGCGACAAACGGGUCUACGACCCCUGACGAUCACUACUGCUGGAUGCGGCCGGAGGACAUGGACUACCCGCGGCCGGUGAUGAUUGCCAACUCGGCGCCGGACUUGGGAGGGGAGGUCGCGGCCGCCCUGGCGGCGGCUUCGAUCGUGUUCCACGACGACGCGGCGUACUCGAAGAAGCUGCUCCGGGGCGCGGCGGCGAUGUAUAAGUUCGCGCGCGAUCCGAGGCGACGCACGCCCUACAGCCGGGGGAACCUGGCCACCGAGCUGUUCUAUAACUCGACGGGGUACUGGGACGAGUACAUGUGGAGCGCGGCGUGGAUGUACUACGCCAGCGGCAACGACAGCUACGCCCGCUUCGCCACUAACCCCCGCCUGCCCAAAAACGCCAAGGCCUUCAUGCAGAUCCCCGACCUCGGCGUCUUCAGCUGGGACAACAAACUGCCCGGCGCCCUGCUGCUCCUCACCCGCCUGAGGCUCUUCUUGAACCCCGGCUACCCCUACGACGAGACCCUCAGCCGCUACCAAAAUGCCACCGGCCUCAACAUUUGCAUGGACCUCCAGAGAUUCAAUGUCUUCAACUACACGCCAGGUGGACUAGUGCAACUAAAUCACGGCCGGCCUCAGCCAUUGCAAUACGUCGUGAGUGCUGCCUUCCUCUCCUCCCUGUACGCCGAUUACUUGGACGCUGCCAACGUGCCCGGCUCUUACUGCGGCCCUUACUACUUAUCUACCGACAACCUUCGGAGCUUCGCUAGAGCUCAGGUGAACUACAUCUUAGGAGACAACCCAUUGAAGAUGAGCUACGUUGUGGGGUACGGGAACAAGUACCCGAGGCACGUCCACCACCGGGGAGCGUCCAUCCCUCACAACGGCGUCAAGUACUCCUGCACCGGCGGGUACAAGUGGAGAGACGCCAAGACCGAUAAUCCCAACACCAUCAUUGGAGCCAUGGUUGGUGGCCCCGACCGUAAUGACCACUUCUCGGACGUACGAACCAACUACGGCUACACGGAGCCAACGAUGGCAGGCAAUGCAGGCCUCGUCGCGGCGCUCAUCUCCUUGACAACCACCACAGGCAGCGCCGGCAUCGACAAGAACACCAUCUUCUCUGCCGUACCGCCCAUGUACCCUGCAUCGCCGCCCCCACCUGCACCGUGGAGCCCGUGAGGGGAAGUGGGAUUGCUCCAUGCGAGGUUUUAUAGUAUCUCAUACCAUCAUGCAACUAUAUAUUGCUCAGUUUCAUUUUUACAAAUUUAUUCAAUAACUUCGAUCCAGGAACAGUUUCAAAGCUCUUAAACCAUCUCCCCGAGUCAGCAAGUAAAAUGAAAUAGCUACUCGACACAACUCGAGGAUGGUUUAUUUUCAACCGUAUGAUGCCGUGAGUUUACUUUUUGCAUUGUAAUUCACUUUAAUUGAGCCCGGAUCAUGUUUAUCAAACAUUUCUUAUUCAAAGGCAAAUUUUAAUUGUUGUUGCUACCAUAACUACUACUGUGAUUAUAUAUUAUAAUUGCUAAUAUCAUAUUUAUCACGUUAUAUAUUAUUAAUCUUUAUAAGCGAAUUGUAUAUAUAUAAAUAUCGUAUAGCAAAUAUACUUCCUACUUUCAUCUUCUUUUUAUUUUCUGCAAGAAAAUCCAGAGCUCUAUUUUUUUUUCUCUUUCUAUCCUCCUUUAUUUUCCUUUGCUCCUAAGGAACUACACCGUUUCCUUUGCUCCUAGGGAACUGCAUUG